GAAAACUGUGGGAAAUCUGAUCCAUAUGGUGGCACUAUAAAGCUUGCUGCUGAUUUGCAGGCUUCAUCAAAACCUGGUCAAGGCUUCAUCACCACUCAUGCCUGGCAUCCUCCUCUCACACCUGGUCACUGCACUCUGAACUUCUCACUCCUUCCUCAGCAGCACCAUUUAACUGCCUGACCCCAGGGGUGCCUCAGCAACAAUCUUCAAAGCUGAUUCUUCUAAGAGAGUUUUUUCUCAGAUAUGAAGAUACUGGGCCAGGUUGCUUUCUUGCUUUUGCUUGGGGGAAUCUGGUGUCAGAACAACCGUAAUGCUAAAGCUAGUGGCAAGUCAACCAAGAAGUCUGGUGGGAACCAGGGAGGUGAUGUUGGCCAGUCAGCCCCUGUGGUUGAUCUGACUCCUGGAAGCACUGAGAACACUGGAGGCACUGGAAGCGCAAGAGGUACUGGAGGCUCAGCUGAAGCAGGACAGGAGGGGACUGCGGGAGCUCGAGCAGCUGGACAACAGACAACAGAUGAUAUGAGGCUGCACUUCCUCAAGAACACCCAAGUUACAUGUAACGACGGAACAGCAGCUGGGUUUUACCUAAAGGAGUUCAGAGGAAGCCGGCGAUGGCUGUUAUUUCUGGAAGGUGGCUGGUGCUGCUACAGCAAAGAGACCUGUGAUUCCAGGUACCAAAAUAUCCCCCGACUAAUGAGCUCAUCAGGUUGGCCCCAAACAAAAAGAGGAACUGGAAUUCUGUCUUCUCAAGCAGAGGAAAACCCACACUGGCAUAAUGCAAACAUUGUAUUUAUCCCUUACUGUUCCAGUGAUGUAUGGAGCGGCACUGGGCCUGCCCCAACCCCUCCUCCAAGGCCACGGCAAGGCAGAGAGAAAGAAAGAGAGAGAAAUGCAAAUGCAACUGAGUAUACCUUCAUGGGAUCCCUGAUCAUCCGUGAGGUCAUCAAAGACCUCAUUCCCAAAGGAAUCAAACAGGCCAAGGUUGUAAUGCUGUCUGGCACAAGUGCUGGAGGGACAGGUGUUUUGCUGAACAUUGAGAGGGUGGCCAGUCAGUUGGAACAGCUUGGUGCAGAGACUCAGGUUCGAGGCCUUGUGGAUUCUGGCUGGUUUAUAGAGAGUAAGCAGCAGAGAUCACCUAACUGUCCUGAGACUGUUUCCUGCUCACCUGAAGAUGCCAUCAAGAUAGGACUCAGGCUGUGGAAUGGCGUUGUUCCUGAUAGAUGUCGGCAGCUCUAUAAGAGAGGAGAGGAGUGGCAGUGCUUCUUUGGACACAAACUCUAUUCUACCUUGACCUCCCCUCUGUUUGUUGUGCAGUGGCUGUUUGAUGAGGAGCAGCUGAGGGUGGAGAACAUCUACAUGGGAGGACAAAGUCUGUCUGAGGAGCAGUGGCAGUAUAUACAGAACCUGGGCAGGGAGCUCAAGAACUCCCUGAGAGAUGUCACGGCUGUAUUUGCACCAUCUUGCCUUUCCCACACAGUGAUCACUAAAAGUAACUGGAUGAGCUUUCAAGUUAGAGGCACCUCUCUGCCACGGGCCCUGCAGUGCUGGGACAGGAGUCUGGAGGCAACACGCAACAACAGGACCCCUGCCAAAGGCUGUCCCUUCCACCUGGUGGACACCUGCCAGUGGCCCCAGUGCAACCCCACCUGCCCGGCCUUGGUGGACCAGGCCACCCAGCAGGAGCUCACCCUGCUCCAGAUGCUAGUAGCCAUGGGCCUUGACCUUCAGAAGCUGGGCUUGGAUCCCCAGGGAGAUGAAGAUUCUCUUGCCAGCAUGGUCAGCAACGGUGGCUAAGUGUAAGAGUGGAUAGCUCUAAGAGAUAGCCAGGCAAAGGCUUAACAGAGGAAAAAAUGUGUUGAAAUGUUAAUGUAACCAUAGAAAUAGUACAGGUAUCUGGUUACUACAUCUUGUGCUGCUCAGCAUUCCAUUAUGCUCCAUGUAUCUGUUAAAUUGGUGACUUGGCUGGUGGGUAUGUCACUGUGUCUGGGUCUGAGUGGUUUGGCUCUCCCUCUACUGGACACCAGAGGAAAGAGCUUUAGGCCUAAACUGAAGGCGUUUCAAUUGUGUUGGUUGAAGACCUUUGAGUUUUAUCAGAUGGCUGGACAUACUUUACCAUCUACAACACACUUUCAUCCUGAUCACUCAACAUAAAAAAAGCUACUUCAGAGCAUGGUUGUAGAGUUGAUUACUUUUAAGGAAUAGAGGCUCCUGCAAAAUGUCAGAGACACAAACAUGUUGCUUAGACAGAACUCAUAAAAAGACACAUUUGUACACCAUAUACUGCAGUUGUUAGUAUUUGAUUUGGUUUAAAUAAAGGUUUAUUUAUCCUCUUUAAAGUAGCUUUCACACAAUAGCAAGUAUUCAGGAUGUGAUGAUUUUGAUUCUGGUUCUUACAUAACACAACACACAAAAACUGCACUCACACUGUCUCAGUAACUUUUUGCACACAUACUUCCAAAGACACUGACUGUGGUUUUGUGGCUUGGUUUUAGUCUCUAGCUCCUGAUGCUAUGCUAACUUACCUAAAUUACAUUAUACUUAUAUAAACAUAUUUUAUGUGCAUGUAAGACAAACGUGUGAUUAGUUGAUAUUUUUCUGUGUAGACCAGCAGAAGAUGAUCUCUGUACUGCUACAAUGAUUUGUUCUCACUCAGCUGGUAGCACAAUCUACAUCUACUGACAUGCAAAGACAUAAUACAGACUAUGUAUUGCAACAUUUAAAAGCAACUUUUUUCACAAUGUCAUGCAAGCUUUGCCAAGCAUUUACAGAUGUUACUGUAACUGUAUGUUUUAUUUUCAUUUAGGCACUGUAGUAACUAUGUUAGAAAGAUUUGACUAGAAUUGUACCUGCUAGUAAUAAGUAUCAGACUGAGUUGUUGAACAUGUUGGAACAGGGAAUAAAAAUUUAAAUUCGCUCUGA